UUUCUGUGAUUGGCCUUUUUUUUUUGCGUGCCGCGCCCCCUCCAAUGAGGUUAGGGUGUCACGUGAGGAGAAAGGGUGCCAGGUGGUAGCAACGGCGGCUGACGGGUGUGCGAAACGAUGAAGUACUACGAGGUGGAGAUUCUUGAUGCCAAGACCCGGGAAAAGCUGUGCUUCUUGGACAAGGUGGAACCCAAUGCUACCAUAGCAGAGAUUAAGAGCCUCUUCACUAGAUCACAUCCCCAGUGGUAUCCAGCUCGGCAGUCUUUACGACUAGAUCCUAAGGGGAGAUCCCUAAAAGAUGAGGACAUUCUUCAGAACUUGCCAGUGGGCACCACAGCAACACUGUAUUUUCGGGAUCUGGGAGCGCAAAUCAGCUGGGUGACUGUCUUCCUCACUGAAUACGCCGGGCCCUUGUCAAUCUAUUUGCUCUUUUACUUUCGGGUUCCCUUCAUCUAUGGUCCCAAGUAUGACUUCACCUCCAGCAAAUACUCUGUAGUACACCUAGCCUGCAUCUGCCACUCUUUCCAUUACAUCAAGCGCCUCUUGGAGACCCUCUUUGUCCAUAGGUUCUCCCAUGGCACAAUGCCUUUGCGUAACAUCUUCAAGAACUGUACUUACUACUGGGGCUUUGCUGCAUGGAUGGCAUACUACAUCAAUCACCCUUUGUAUACUCCACCUGCAUAUGGACAUGAACAAGUGAAACUGGCGCUCAUCAUAUUCCUGUUUUGUCAGCUUGGAAAUUUCUCAAUCCACAUUGCUUUGCGGAACCUGCGCCCUGCUGGUGAAAAGACUGGACAGUUGCCUGACACAAUCAUGCAUUUUAGUUCAAACCCAAAGAAUUAUGAAUGA